AAAAAAAAAGAGAAGCUACCGUCUUUUUCUAGCCGUUGGGGUUGAAAUUGAAUCAUCAUCGUCAUUCUCAUCGACUUUCUUUUUCUUUUACCCUAAUUUAUCUUCCUAUUCCCAACUAACAUUUCUCGAUUUUGAUCUGAUAGAUACAGAUCUCCGGUAAAGUACAACACUGGAGGGAAAUGAAGUCAUCGAGAAUGAAGUUUGCAAAGAAGUUGAAAUCGAUUAGAGCCGGCGAAUAUCUGAAUCAGGAUCGGAUUCUCCAGGUGCUUUCUGCUGCAGAUGGGAUCUCUGAGUUCCUUCCAAAGAUAUCUAACCCCAUUCCUCAGAUAACAGCCGCCGGUUCUAUCUGGAGAACCCCUCAAAAGCCUGCGGAUCAAAUUGCAGUUGUAAAGGAGGAACUUGUGGGAAACGAGAAAGAAGGAGGAGGAGAAGAAGUUUCCAGAUGUGUCUUCGGCGACCAGGAGAACGUCCGGCCUCCGGUGAAUCAGAUUCCGAGAGUUCCGUAUGAUCGGAAAGAGAAUAAAUCGGCAGUUGCUCACGGAUCUGAUAAAGGUAUUGGAUCUGGAUUUAGAAGACCUGAUUUGGAUUCGAGCACACUUUUCGAUCCGAAGCUGUUAGAAGCAUUUGAAUUAGCAGCGGUAUGCUGUAGGAAGAUAAACCAUUUCCCCAGAGUCGAUGAUGAGGAAAACUAUAUCGUCUUUCCCGAAGAAGAGGAAAUCGAAAAAGACGAGAAUACCCUUCCUCUGGUGAUUGGUGUCGACGAACAAGACGAUGAUAGACGGGAAGAAGAAAAUGUCGUCGACAAUGGUAAGGACGCCACCGUGGAAGAAGUCAUCGGAGAAGGCGACAAUGAAGAUGUCCUUAUCGACCCGUUACUGGAAUUCGAGGAACGGUGUCCUCCAGGAGGAGAGGGAUCCGUCGUUUUCUACACGACGACUCUCCGGGGAAUUAGAAAAACGUUCGACGACUGCAACAUGAUCCGAUUUCUGCUGGAUAGCUUUAAGGUUAAGUACUACGAGAGAGAUGUGUCGAUGCAUAGAGAGUACAGGGAAGAGCUCCGACGAAUCUCAGCGGUGGAUGAAACAGAGGUUUUGCCUCCGGUUCUGUUCGUUAAAGGAAGGUGCAUCGGAGGAGCUCAGAGAGUACUGGGUCUGCACGAGCAAGGUAAGUUUAAGGUUCUGUUUGAGGGCGUUCCAAUCGCCGGAGAUGAACAAUGCCGGCGAUGCGAUGGGUUUAGGUUUCUGAUGUGUGAUGGAUGCAGAGGUAGCCGCCGGAUUAUCACCGGCGAUGGAUCAAAGAUUCAGUGUUUGAUAUGUAACGAGAAUGGGUUGGUUGUGUGCGUUGAUUGCUCCUAAGACCAGUUUUGUUUGCUUUGUAUAUAUAUAUUACUCAAUUCGUUUA